AUGGCUCUAACGGCGGGAAAACAUCCGUUUUAUCACGGAUGCGGCGAAAUACCCACAGAUACAAUAAUUUAUGUUAAUGAUGUCAAAAAUUGGAUGAAUACUCAAACGGAUAUUCCAGAUGUUACGGAUGAAUUCAUAUACAUGUUUUUACAUUCGAAUUAUUUUGACGUUGAAAAAACUAAAAAAACAAUACAAUUAUAUUUUUCUCUAAGGUGUUCGUCUCCAGAUUUAUUUUUAAAUCAAUCCCCAUUAAAUCCAGAUAUACAAUCGGGUUUAAAUUCCGUAUUAAUGGUUCCUCUUCCGGAAGCGACACCGGAUGGUUACAAAGUCGUCAUAUUUAAAUUAUCUGAUCAGGAUCCGAAUAAAUUUGUACAUUUAAAUGCAGCCAAAGCAAUGAUUUUGUUCAAUGACGUAAGACUUUCAGAAGAUGGUAUAGUACCCGGUUACAUUGUAGUAUGCGAUGCAAGAGGUUAUACAUGGGCUCAUUUAAGUAAAUUAAAUCUUAACGUUCUUCGAGUUUAUAUGAAAUACAUGCAGGAAGCAAAACCAGUACGUCUUAAAGGACUCCACGUUAUAUAUUCUGCCAAAAUAAUUGAUAAAUUAAUGACCGUAGCAAAACCUUUUAUGAAAUCCGAAUUGCAAAAAUUGAUAAAAAUUCACACGAGUGAUAACAUGAAUGAUUUUUUUAAUUACGUUCCACAAGAAAUAAUGCCAGAAGAUUACGGUGGUAAAGCAAAAUCAUUAUUUACACUUCACGAAGAGAAUAGAAUUUUGAUGGAAGAAAAAUAUACUCAAUGGAUAGCUGAAGAAGAAAAUUUAUUAAAAAUUGCUUGCGAACUUAGGCAUUUGCAAAAAAAUAGUUCGUCAACCGAAUCUGUCGGAACAUUUAAAAGUUUAUCUAUUGACUAG